AUGGAUCACGAUGCCCGAGAUAUAUCCUCGGCCGCUGUGGAUGAAAGUCAUCAUGAUGGAGCGGCCAGCGACAAUGAGGCGCGAAACAAGCUAGAGGUCGUCUUCUAUCCCGAUUCCAACCACCGCCGCAAAUCCUCACUAGUGACAAUGGAAAAGCCUCGAUUGAAACCUCAUCACGAUCCGCAAGACAGAACAACAGCAUGUUAUGUACACUCCCUUAUUGCGGGCGAAUGGGCUUCACCCAUAAAGACAGAUGUUGAUACAGGAGACAUGGUUGCCCCCAUUCGUGAGGAUGAGGCAACCGUCGACCCAAAACUCCUGGGCGAGGAUAAUAUUGUGUCCGUGAUGGAUGGCGAUAACAAAACCAUUAAACUGGAACCCACAGUACUACAAUCACGCCAUUUGACGAAGCGACAAUUGUCUGAUAUGGCCUGGAACGUACGAAAACUCUCGAAGAAGCUCGGGAGCAUCAAGCUCAAACUGACAGUUCAAAAUGUCUUCAUUGUUAGCAAGACACAUGAUGAGUCCCUCGUGAGCUUGACAAGGAGGGUUACUCGCUGGUUACUUUCCAAGGAUCGCGACGCACCAUAUAACGUCUACGUGGAGCGUCGUAUGGAAACACAUCCAGACUUCGGUGCGCUGCAACUACUGCAGGAUGAGCCCUCCGCCAAGGGUCGAUUGAAGUACUGGGACCCGAAGCUCGCGCAGGAGCAGCCACAUCUAUUUGAUUUUGUUAUUACUCUUGGUGGAGACGGAACUGUUCUCUACACUAGCUGGUUAUUCCAGCGUAUUGUGCCACCUGUCUUAUCAUUUGCGCUUGGGUCAUUAGGCUUCUUGACUAAUUUUGACUUUACGGAUCAUAAAAGGAUUCUUGAAAAUGCUUUUAGGGACGGUGUUGUCGUGAGUCUUCGAUUACGAUUUGAAUGCACUAUCAUGAGAAGCAAGGCGAGGUUAAAAGACCCGCAUUCUCGAACAUUAACAGACCGCGACCUGGUAGAGGAGUUGAUUGGAGAGGAAGGAGAGGAUACAUUGACACAUACUCCGGAUCGCGUGUAUGAGAUUCUGAACGAUGUGGUUCUGGAUCGUGGACCAAACCCAACCAUGUCUCAAAUCGAGCUGUUUGGCGAUGAUGAGCAUUUCACCACAUUACUUGCCGACGGAAUAUGUAUUGCUACCCCAACAGGAUCAACAGCGUACAACCUCGCUGCAGGGGGAUCACUCUCUCAUCCCGAAAACCCGGUUAUAUUGGUAACCGCCAUUUGCGCUCACACUCUUUCAUUCCGCCCAAUUAUUCUUCCCGACACAAUUGUAUUGCGCAUGGGUGUUCCAUACGAUGCCCGAACCAGUUCUUGGGCCAGUUUUGAUGGGCGAGAACGCGUGGAGUUACACCCAGGAGACUAUGUCACUGUCUCAGCGUCGCGAUACCCCUUUGCAAAUGUUUUACCGCAGGACGGACGCGGGGAAGAUUGGGUGCAUAGUAUUUCUAAAACAUUGAAUUGGAAUUCUCGCACAAAGCAGAAGAGUUUCAAAUGA